AUGGAUACCCGCAAGGAAAACAAGGUAAGAAAGCAGCCCAUGAAACCCAAAACUACCAAGCGAAAGGAGAAGAAAUACAAAACCGGGAGGUUCGUGAGGAGGAAAUCGCUGCGGUCUUUUGGGAAUUUCAUGGGAAGGAUCCUUAAAACUUUGGGCACUUUGGCGCACUUUGGCGACGCGGAGCCGCCGGACGCAGAGGACGACGACGGCGGCUUCGGGCAGAGCGCCUCGGGGGGGUUCAAAGACGACUGCAGGGACGGAGCCGUGAAGAAGAGCUCCACGGUCUCCUCCUCACACGGCUCGGUGAAAGACAGGCUGUCGUGGUGCUACGGCGACAAGACCCCCGGGGUGCUGGGACUCAAGAACCACGGCAACACCUGUUUCAUGAACGCCGUGGUUCAGUGCCUCAGCAACACGGACGUGCUGGCCGAGUACCUCGGUCUGGAGCAGUACAAGCCGGAUACGUGCCACCGGAGGCUGAACGGGGAGGUGAGAGGAGAGGAGCCGCAGACCGCCAGGGGAGAAGUAACCGAGCAGCUGGCGUCGCUGGUUCGAGCGCUGUGGACGCUGGAGUACACGCCGCAGCUGUCUGUGGAGUUCAAGAGCAUAGUGGCCAAAUACGGCUCUCAGUUUCGGGGAAACUCGCAGCACGAUGCCCUCGAGUUCCUCCUCUGGCUUUUGGACAGAGUUCAUGAAGAUGCUAAUUCCACAACUGACAACAACAGCAAGACCAAAGCUAACGCCAAGGGACCCAGCUCGUUGGAGAAUUCAUCCAGUCCCAGUUUAGCCAGCACGCAGCAACCUCGAGGUCGACACAGUUUUGUCCAGGAACACUUCCAGGCUCAAUACAGGUCUUCCCUGACGUGUCCUCAUUGCCUUAAGCAGAGCAACACCUUUGAUCCAUUUCUAUGUAUCUCUCUGCCCAUCCCCCUGCGACAAACCAGGCCGCUGUGUGUGACGCUGGUGUUCAGCACCAAGGGUCAGAGGUAUCUGCGGGUGGGUCUGGCUGUACCGCUGUUUGGUUCCCUGUCCUGCCUGAGAGCGAUGGUAGCAGCGGAGGGCAACAUCUCCCCAGACCAGGUCAUCCUGUCUGAGCUGUACACGACGGGUUUCCAGCGUUCCUUCGCGGACGACGACGACCUGACGUCGGUGGCCGACAGCGACGUCGUCUACGCCUUCCAGGCUCCUCCCCUCUGCGGCCGUGGGAGCUCCGCACCGCACUCAGGGUAUCACCACAGCCUCCCCUCCUCUCCCUACACCUCCACGGCCGGACCCGACGGUCAGAGGUUACCUCCAUCCGGCACCCUCUCCUCUGAAUACCUGAACCAGGGCAGCAACGCCAAGGUCCUCCUCCUCAUGUGCAACACGGCAGGAUCUGGCCAGCAAGCUGUCAGGUUCGGGCCUCCAUUUCUCAUGCUGGAGGACAGGAGUAUCUCCUGGGACCAGCUGCAACAGAGCAUCCUCAGCAAGCUCUAUUAUCUGAUGCUGAAUGGAUCUCAGGCUCAGAAUGCUGGAGUGCUUUUUAAGAUCAGAGUGGUUGGAGGAUCUGCAGCCUACAGCUACCUGUCCCCACAGGACAGCAGGCCGCUGUACCACCCUGCAGUUGACAGAGCUCUGAAGUUCUGCGGCCCGGGGGGACCGCCUCAUGUGAAACUUGUUAUCGAGUGGGAGCACAGCUCUAAAGAAUGUCUGUUCGGCAGCAUCCAGGAGGAGGUGGUGAAGGAUGCGGAGAGCGUGAGGAACCAGCAGCAGCAGCAUCUGCAGCAGCAUAGCUGCACUUUGGACGAGUGCUUCCAGCUGUAUACCAAAGAAGAACAGCUCGCCCCAGACGACGCCUGGAAGUGUCCCCACUGUAAGCAGCUCCAGCAGGGGAUGGUGAAGAUGAGCCUGUGGACGCUGCCCGACAUAUUGAUCCUCCAUCUCAAGCGCUUCCGACAGGUGGGAGAGAGACGGAACAAGCUGUCAACCCUGGUGCGUUUCCCCCUGACUGGUCUGGACAUGGCUCCCCACGUCGUGAAGAGAAGUCAGAGUAUGAGGAACGUGAACAUGGGGCCGUCCCAGCCCUCCUGGAAGCAGCCCUCAGGCCAACACCACCAAUCUGCUGACAUGAUCCUGCCCCACGACUACCUGUACGACCUCUACGCUGUGUGCAACCACCACGGAGGAAUGCACGGAGGACAUUAUACUGCUUACUGCAGGAACUCCGUGGACGGCCAGUGGUACAGCUACGAUGACAGCAGCGUGGACCUGGUGCCAGACGAGGAAGUGUGCACCAGAGGGGCUUACAUCCUUUUCUACCAGCGACGCAACACCAUUCCUCCGUGGUCAGCCAGUAGCUCCAUCAGAGGUUCCACAAGUUCAUCGAUGUCAGACCACUGGCUUAUCAGGCUGACCGGGGACAGUAAGAGAGGCAGCCUGGUGUCUCGUUCUUCCACCACCUGCCCGUCUUCCAUACCCGACUCUCCAGAGUCUCCAGUCUUCCUUGACAAUGGCUUUAAAGAGGAAAGAGGGGGCUUUGAAAGCAGACCAUUCAUCAGGGGUCUUCAGGGGCGCAGUGUGAGCAUGAGAGCCCCCAGCAAGACCAAGGACACCCUGAGCAAAGUGCUUCCCUUACGCUGGUCAUUUGGUUCCAAGGACAGACGAAAACCUGACCCAGUGCCUCCCCCGGUCCAGGAUCCAGCCCCUGCCGAGCUGGUACAAUACCUGGAAUCCGGCCGACGACCCCGAUGCACAAAGGAUUCAAUAGUAACACUGAUGAAUGAACCACGUGGCACAAAGGAAGCUGCUGAGGGCCGCGCUGCAGCCGAUGUUCGAUCUUCCAACGCUGGGAGUAUGAGUUGCGUCGGCAAGGCGGAAGAUGAUCUGCCGUUUCCACAGGUGCCUGAGGGCCAGAGGAGGUCUUCAGAUAAGACGGCCAGUCUGAGACGCAACAAGGGGAACCAGUCAAGAGAAGAGAGCACAUCGAAUAUCACCAGUAGCUCUAGCAGUAACACCCUCACAAGAAGGAAGGAAGCCAGGAAGCAGAGCUCCUCCAAGUCUUCCCAGGAUACUGAGGCAAAACAGAGUUCCCGUUCUGGAGUUCAGCCCAGCUACAGUACACCCAGCCUUCAUGAUGGGACCCUGAGAAGACAAAAGGGGGACAGGGCUGAUAAGCCACACCACGGUACAUAUGAAGAAAACUCGAAGGCCAAGAAAGGAGAAGUGCCCAAGAACCAUGAGGGACUGCUGUCUUUCUUUAAGGGUAACUUCCUGAAGAAGGAUAAAGACCCCAGGAAGUCGAGGGAGGGUGAAUCAGGGAGAGGAGGGGCUGAGGAAGGAGGCAGAAGGACCUUGUCCAGGCUGUCGCUGUCUAACGGAGCAGCAGGAGGCAGAACUGGAGUGGAAGGAGGCAAGUCCAACGGUUCAAGCCAUCUGGCUGAUGAGCUGGCGAACGGGAAAGUGGGUCGCACCACGGCUGACAUUAAACGCUCCCAGAGCUCCUCCAACAUCCCCACCAAAGCGGAGCAGAGCAUGCGCAGGACAGCGUCUCUGCAUCGCAAUGGGAUGUCUACAACCCCGGCUCCGUCACGCAGCCUGACGACAGACAAACCAUCUUAUGGCACACUGCAGAGGACUCGCUACAGCACAACCUCACUGGGACGCAAAAGGACAGUCCCCGAGUCCAGCUUCUGAUACAGCAUAAGACAUCCACACACACAUGAAGCCUUUUACCUAAUGUACAGUGAACGACAUCCAGUGUCUGAGAUCAAAGCAAUAGAGCUCCAUUCACAGUUAUGCGCCUUUUUGUUCCCGGAAAAUCAACCGAGUGGUUUGUGCCAUGGAGUCGAUAACGAACGAAGGGUCCUCUAAUCCUAAUGAAGUGAUGUGACCUGUCUGUCAAAUGUCAAAGGGAGUCUAUCUCUGUUCUGUUUUUUAAUGACCUGAAAACAAGUGCCUGAGCAACGAAUAUGCAGUUUACACCAAUGAGUUUAUGUCUGUUUAGCACUGGAAGCACCCAAAUACACACACUUGCAAACACACUUUACGCAUUUGUGUCUUACUGAUGUAACACGAGUGUUGGGAGUCGUCACUCUGUUUUGAACUCACGGGUGUUGCUUACAAUUAAGACACAUGGAUUGUGUUAAUUUAUCAGAAUGUAUUGUGUCCACUUGUGAUAACGAUGGCGCUUUGAGGCUGCAGUUUCUAAUUAACAUUGACUUUUCCUUUUUAACCUUGUGUUUAAUGUCAAUUUAAAUGAUGAAAGAUGACAGAUUUAAACACAAGGCAAUUUUAUAUAAAGCAUUAUUUUGUCCCCACUUGAAUUCAGACUGCAGUUUUUGUCUAUUUAGUGAUAAUCGCUGAGACCAACGGAGUUUAAAAGUGCAUUUGUCUACUGUGAAGGGUAGAAUAGAGUAAAAUAGACCCUGAAAGAAUGUUUUAGACCUUUUAUUGUGAAGUCAGUCAACCACCCUGAUUGGGUUUCAUGUUUUUGUUCUUUUAAUACUGUUGUAAAACCACUCCCACGUUUUUAAUUAAUGAUUUUUAUCUACUGCAGUGUUUAGCUAUGUAAAUGUGGUGGGCACAAAUAGCAAUGCAAAUUUGUUUUCUUUUGUUUUCUUUAUUCAGCAUGCAGAAUGUGGCUACAUCACACGUUAGUGUCACCGAAGCUGGAAGAAUAAUUUGGUUUCUUCGUGCCUCUUUUUGGUGAAUGUGCCUCCAAAGUGGCUUCUCUGUAAGAUUAGUGGUUAUUCUUUGAUUGUGAGGGACUUUCACCAGAACGUGACAUUCACUGAUGGUGAUUCUUGAAGUUUUUUUGUUGUUGUUUUUUUUUGCCAUUAGGCUUUUUUGUAGCAGAAGCGGUGGAUUUACAAGCCCAAAAAUGACUACAUUUUGCCAGAAAAAGAAAAAUACUCCACAAAAGACCAAAAAAAAGGACACAGAAAUGGCAGCAUGUAGUCUCAGUGUGAGGAUUUUUUUUAUUUUAUUAUUUCUAGUGUGAAUAAUCCAGUCUAUGGAAGGGGAAUACAACACACAUCACGGCAUGUAUUUAAUCGUUAUGUAUGCAUUUACCUUGUUUCUCGCAAUACAUUAACAGAAGCUAACUAAUGAGCUGUCAACACUUAUGUGUGUGGGUUUGUUUAUCUUCUUCCACAUUCCAUGCCUUUAAAUAGCAGCCACAAUCUUACUUUGCAUACAUUUAUAUAUUAUGCUCUUUACUAUGCAGGUCUUUUGGCUCCAUUUUGCACCUCCGGUCAGACGCCUCACUGAUUUACAUUCUCUGCAUGCUUGUGCAGUGACAAUAAGGCUGGAUCCAAUCUAAUCUAAAACAAAUGCAAAUAAACACAGUCCACUGGCCCUCAAGAGACUGCUUCAAUCAGUUGUCAGAAAAAGAUAACCUCUAUUGUUUGUUUUGGCAUGGACGGUCUCCAAAAAGAACAAAGCCUGCUUUUUUUUUUGCACAUGCCCAUGAAAACUAAUGUCGAGGUUUUUGGCGUUCGGUAGUUUGGCAGACGACUGCGCUGUCUAUGAGAUGCCAGUGAAGUGGGAUGCACUUCUUUUUCAGCAUCGGGACUGAAAAGUCACACCGCAGUGAAAAACAAUUCAGUUAUUGAGCACACAAUGAUAAGUGUUGAUCUUGUCAACACUUGUUUUUUUUUUUAUUGUUGUGACAGUAAAUGCAUACAUAAACAUUCAAUACGCAACAUUUGAUUUAGCCUUUUGUCUGUGAGUCUGGAAUAAUGAAGGUUUUGUUGUGCACUUUGAUAACUUGUGAGUGUAGUUUCUGCUGUAAUCUGUUAUACUGGCUUAUUUUUCAACAUCAAUAUGCUUUAUAUUGUGACGCUCAGCUGACCACAUGUAGGAAAUACACAGUUAGAAGUGCUUUACUCUGCUGAGAUAUGUGGGGGUUUUUUGGAGUUUUUUUUUUUAAUCAUGUACUUUGUGCCAUGAUGUCUUUUAAGGCCCCUAUUUGGGAAAAAAAAAAGAAGUAGUUGAACCCCAUUAUUUGCCUGUUGCUCACCAACAUCACAGCACCGACCCCAGCAGGUGAUAACUGAAACCCUACAAUUUGAAAUCAGUUAUUUAGGAUUGAAUGGCGUCUCUGAAACAGCAGCUAAAUACCGGUUGUAAUAUCCAUUUAUACAAUCCAUUUUGUCAUGAAGUUUGUCCAGAACUGCAUAACCUUCACCUUGUGCAUUCUCUAUGUGCAAUCACUGUAAUUACACAGCUUCUGUUUGUCAUUUGCAGCCUUCAGACACAAAAAUAGAAGUAAAAAAAGAAAAAAACAUCCGAUGCUGUCGAAGCACUCAGACGCUCUUCUUAAUACUGUUCUUUUUGCUUUUAAUUGUGAAAGUCCAACAACCCACACAGUUAUUCGGUGUCUCAGAAAUGUUUAAAAAUAAUAAUGAAUGGUAGAUUUACAGAAUAUGAACUUGUGCGUCAUGAUUUUUUUUUUUUUAAUUACUCUUUUUUUCUUUAUUUGAGUUUGCUUGACGAUCAUUGCAUGAAUGAGUCAACCCCUAUCGGAGAUUAGAACAAGUCUGUGACAUCACAUUAGUGAAACGCUUUAAGAUUUUGGAGUGGCACAUCUGAUGCUCAUUAGGCAUGGCGUUUUUUUGUGUGUUUUGUUUUUCUAUCACAUCGUCAACUCCGUCUUAAUGUGAAGUAACCCCACCUGAUCACUGUCACCAAGACGAACACACCAACAGUUAAAAGUUCCAUUUGCUGCAGAUGCUGUAUUUUGUUUAAAGCUUGUCGUGAUAGGGCUGGUCCGAAUAGCAGCUUCUGUUCUCCAGAUAUUCCAAUUAAUGGCGAAUAUCCCGAAUAGUUGGGAGGGGGUAGUGGGGGAGUAUUCGAUCAAAAUUGAUACCCUGAUUCCAGCAAAGCCAAUGAAUAAUCCGCUCUUCAGCUAUUCAGGUCCAGCCCUACGUGAUGCCUCCGUUACCAAGCAAUACUGACAGUUUCACCGACAGCCCUUCGUAUUAUUGAACCUGAAAAGAUAUCAUUACGAUCAAACAGUUUUUCUCUUUUAGAAGCAGCUUUUCUAUGCAGAUCACCAUCACCUGACUCAUUGUGUCAUUGUUCUGUUUAAAAGUUAAACACUGGAGCCAACGUUUUCUUACGCCAAGGACACAAGCUGCCGUUCCUGAUCAACACUGACGCUGUAGAGCGAUAUGUACGUCUCUGGAAACGCUUUCUUUUAUUUCAGAAGAGACACUUCGGUUGCAUUUCAAAGUGUGAUGAAGGUCUUGUUAGCGUGUGUUAAUGUUUUGGUCUACUAAAUUGCUAGGACUCCUUCAGAUUUCCUUUCUGAGCUGGUUACCAAUUUGGAGUUUUACUACAUGAUGAAUGUGUUGCUCACAGUUGCAAAUUUAUCAAAAAAAAAAAAAUCCCCCACAAUGUAAUUAGUGUCAAGAAUCAGGGGGGGAAGCAGUGUUUGAAUUCGCUUUGCCUUCAGCGUUAUUCUCAGCAGCCGCCAUGUUCGAAACCUUGCGUUAAGGCGUCUGAGAUUUCACGGGAGUGGCAUCAUUGUUUCACAAUGACUCACCCUGCAGACCAGAAAGACGACUUUGUUUUUGUGCGUUUUUAUUGUUUUCAUGUCUCCAAACAAAAAGAAAUGUCAUAAACAAGUACUUAACCUUGAUAUAGCCAUUAGACAUUGAAUUUUUUCCAGAAUGUUUCUAUUUCUGUGGCAAAUAAGUUUAAAAAAAGCAUUUUUCAGACAUUUCCAAAGCAGCAUGAGCAAACACACAAUUAAACCACAAAGUGGGAGGCCUGCUUUAUUGAUUUUGACUAUUUAUUGCCAUUUGCCUGUCUUAGAGAUUGAUUCACAAAGACUGCCAUUCGUAAUCAAAGACACAAGUAGCACAAAAAAAAGGCCAAAAUCACUGUAAUCACGCAGCUGAUAGAGCAGCACCGGAGCCUGAGAUUUGUGCUCUUGCGUCCAACACAAUAAAAUAUUCAUAGGUCGUCUUUAUAGCAUUAAAAGAUUGUGAUUGUCCUGUCAGAGUAACAAAAGGAGCAGAUUUGACAGAGAAUCAUUACAGAUGCUGAUAAUUUCCAUCUUUUCUGUAAGUUUUUCCAAGUCGCUGAUAUCUGCUAUAGAACACCAAGUUAAAGUGCAGCUUCUUCUGUUUUCAUUUACUUUUGUUUAUCUCCUAAAACAAGGCAGUAGUGUUCAGGUUUGUUGUUUUUUAAAUCAAUGCCGAGGCAAAGACUUUAAAGGUGGACACAAGGUCUUCUGAUUUUUCUUAUCAUGGCUCGUCCCACAUGGGGCCGCAUAUACGCAGCGUUUACUCUGCCAAACUGAGCACUUCUGAGUUAACACGAUAUUUUUUGUUGGCAACGGGAAUGAAGAAGUUUUUAUAUGCAAUUUUUCUACAUUUUCUAAAACAAAUCUGUGUAUAUAUUUGUGGAUAUGAACAGAAAGAUGCGUGGGAGUGUGUGUGUGAGAGAGAGAAAACGAGUGAACAAAUAUGGCUGUCGAUUGGGAACAAGAUGUAUCCAGAUGACUCGCAAUGUAUUCCAUUGUUUUGCAUAAGGGUGUAACGAGUAUGCUUCUACUGUAAAACUACAGUUUCUGCCUGAACUGUCUUCUGUAUAUGAUGGUAUAUUAUAUAUAUAUAUACAUACACAUAUAUAUAUAUUUGAUAUGUUAUUUUUUUCAGCACAACAAAUAAAAAAAGAUGUUAUUUAUGAUUAUGGCCUUCAGUCAACAGCUUUUAAAUGAUUGAUAAAAGACAAUGAUUUGAGAAAUGUAUAAAGGAAGAUUUUAUCAACAA